GCUUCCUAGCUGCCCCCCAAGCUAACUAUUUCACCUUUAAACGCAAAUUUACCCUUUCAAAUAAAUUAACAAACAGGCAUUUUUAGGAGCAGCUCAUUAAGAAACGGGCGCUUUAAUAUCGAGCGAUGUCGAAGAGGCUAACGUUGAUGUAGCGCCUUAGCUUCUGAGAGCUAACGUCAGCUAAGCUAGCUGUCUGCUUUAACGGUUACAACUGACGGCUAACGUUCGCUGCGAUGCGCUCGUUAAACUACGUUCAGCGAGUCAGUUUGGACUUUGCAGGGACUCUGUUUCCUCAUGCGAUCUGUCUGGGAGAUGCAGACAACGACUCGUUGAACGAGCUGGUUGUCGGGGACACCAGCGGAAAGCUGCACGUGUACAAAAAUGACGACUCCAAACCCUGGAUCACAAGAACCUGUGUGGGCAUGCUGACCUGUGUCGCAGUCGGAGACGUCUGCAACAAAGGAAGGAACUUUGUGGUCGCUGUCGGAGCCGAGGGCUGGUUUCACCUCUUCGACCUGACAGCUGCCACGGCGAGUAAAUCAGAUUCAUCCAGCCAGCAUGAACUCACAUCCUCUGAAGACCAAAAGCCUCUUUUCACCCAACACAUUCCUGCCAACACAAAAGUCAUCCUGAUCAGUGAUAUCGACGGUGAUGGGCGCUGUGAGCUGGUGGUGGGCUACACGGACCGAGUGGUGCGAGCUUUUCGCUGGGAGGAGCCGUCAGAUGGUUCAGAUGUGGGGACUGGACAGCUGGUGCUGCUGAAGAAAUGGCUGCUGGAGGGGCAGGUGGACAGUUUGUCAGUGAACCCGGGUCCAGAGGGUUUACCUGAGCUCAUGGUGUCCCAGCCGGGCUGCGGCUACGCCAUCCUGCUGUGUUCCUGGACACAACAUGACUCCAGCGGCUCUGGAGAAGAAGCCCCUGCUACACCCGGGAGUGACGGACCCUCCAGAGAUGUAAUUCUGCAUCUGACCACCGGGCGGAUACACAACAAGAAUGUGUCCACUCAUCUUAUUGGCAGCAUCAGCAAAGGGUCAAAAGAGGAAUCUUCUAAAUGUGGCCUGUUUGCUCUCUGCACUUUAGAUGGUACCCUGAAGUUGAUGGACAGUUCAGAGCAGCUGCUCUGGUCCGUCCAGGUGGAUCAUCAGCUGUUUGCUCUGCAGAAGCUCGACGUUACUGGUGACGGCAGAGAGGAAGUGGUCGCGUGUGCCUGGGAUGGUCAAACCUACAUCAUCGACCAUAAUCGGACGGUAGUACGGUUCCAGUUUGACGAGAACGUCAACGCCUUCUGUGCUGGUCAGUACACAUGUAAGGAGGGGAAGAACAGCCCCUGUCUGGUUUACGUGAGCUUCAGUCACAAAAUCUAUGUCUACUGGAAGGUGGAGCUGGAGCACAUGGAGUCCACGAACCUGUUGAGGGUCCUGGAGGAGAAACCAGAGUUUAAGAGCCGCCUGAGGGAGCUGGGAGUCGACACGGAGGACCCGGCAGCAGUGAGAUCACUGGUGGCAGACGUUCUCUACAAGGAUUCACAGACUUAACACAGCGACACGCAUCAUCACACUGCCUCUGUAAAUACUCUGUUAAUAAACACUGAUUGUCUGUCUCCGG